CCAGAAUGACACUGGUUUGGCCCAUACAGUUCGAGUUCUGGAUCCUGCUCAUUCCUUUGAAAAAGACGCACUUUUUUUUGGAUAAAUCUGAUUUGUCGAAAAACAGGUUUCUUUUCUCUCUACUGGAUCCUUUUCACAUGCUUCAGUUGACGGUUGAUUUAGCUACUGCUCUUUGGUUUAGCGCCAAUUUUGUCGUACCCAAGCGAGCAGCUCUUGAUUUAGGUAUCUGCUGAUGGGGAGCCCAUCUUCGCUCGCUUCUCCUUCAGAUUACUAUGCCCAUCUCCUCCAAACAAGCCUCAAAGCCAAUGACACAUUCACUGGAAAAUCGAUACAUGGCCGAAUAAUCAAGUCUGGACUUCAGUUUAGUGUGUACUUGAUGAAUAACCUCAUCAACUUUUAUGCGAAAACUGGGUCUGUCUUGGAUUCCCACCGCGUGUUCGAUGAAAUGCCUCUGAAGACAACUCUAUCUUGGAAUUCCAUAUUAUCUGCGUACGCGAAACAGGGCCGGAUAGAUGUGGCUUCUCGAAUUUUUAAGGGAAUGCCUAGUCGUGAUUCUGUUUCUUGGACCGCGAUGAUUGUGGGAUAUAAUCAGAUGGGUCGUUUUGAAAAUGCUUUGCAUAUGUUUGUAGAUAUGAUAAAGCAGAGUGUUGUGCCAACCCAGUACACCAUCACUAAUGUGCUUGCAUCGUGUGCUGCUGAUGCAGCUUUAGGUGUGGGUAAGAAGAUUCAUUCGUUUGUUGUUAAGCUAGGACUAAGUGGGUGCGUACCUGUUGCGAAUUCGCUGCUAAAUAUGUAUGUAAAGGCAGGUGAUGGUUUGAUCGCAAAGGUUGUGUUUGAUAGGAUGAAAUUGAAAAACACAUCGAGUUGGAAUGUUAUAAUUUCGUUGCAUAUGCACCAUGGUGAGGUUGAGCUUGCUUUGGCUGUGUUUGAGCAAAUGAAAGAACGGGAUUUAGUUACCUGGAACUCAAUGAUAGCAGGUUACAAUCAGCAUGGUUUUGAUGUUGAAGCAUUGAAAAUUUUCUCAGUCAUGCUAAAAGACUCUUUCUUAAAACCUGAUAAGUUCACAUUAGCAAGUGCUUUAUCAGCUUGUGCCAAUCUUGAGAAGUUAGAAUUGGGAAAACAAAUACAUGCUUAUAUCAUCAGAACCAAGUUUAAUUCUUCAGCCAUAGUGGGAAAUGUUUUAAUCUCAAUGUAUGCCAAAUCUGGUGGGGUUGAGGUUGCUAGAAAGAUUGUAGAGGAAGGAGGGGCAGAUCUCAGUGUUAUAGCCUUUACAGCCCUUCUAGAUGGAUAUGUAAAACUUGGUGAUAUAAACCCAGCUAGACAGAUCUUUGACUCGGUAAGAGAACGUGAUGUGGUUGCAUGGACAGCCAUGAUAGUAGGCUAUGUGCAGAAUGGCUUAUAUAAUGAGGCAUUGGAGCUAUUCAUAUCAAUGGUUAGAGAAGGCCCAAGACCGAACAAUUACACACUAGCUGCCAUGUUGAGUGUUGCUUCAAGCUUGGCUUCUUUGGACCAUGGUGAACAAAUUCACGCAAGCGCCAUAAGAACGGGGGAGGCACUUUCAGUUUCUGUAAGCAAUGCUCUAAUUACCAUGUAUGCAAAAUCUGGAAGCAUCAACUUUGCAAGGCGAGUGUUCAAUCUUGUAUAUUGGAAAAAAGAUACUGUUUCUUGGACUUCUAUGAUUAUAGCUUUGGCUCAACAUGGUCUUGGAGAAGAAUCCAUUGAGCUGUUUGAGAAGAUGUUGGCAGUUGGUAUUAAGCCUGACCAUAUAACUUAUGUUGGUGUUCUCUCAGCCUGUACACAUGUGGGCUUAGUAGAACAGGGCCGAAGCUACUACAAUUUGAUGAAAAAUGUACACCAGAUUGAACCCACCCAUAGUCAUUAUGCUUGCAUGAUUGACCUGCUCGGACGUGCUGGAUUGCUCCAAGAAGCAUACAAUUUUAUUAAUAGUAUGCCUAUUGAACCAGAUGUUAUAGCUUGGGGCUCACUUCUGGCUUCUUGUAAGGUGUACAAAAAUGUGGAUCUCGCGAAGAUUGCGGCAGAUAGAUUGUUUCUUGUUGAUCCAGAUAAUAGUGGGGCCUAUUCUGCCCUAGCUAAUUUGUAUUCAGUUUGUGGGAGAUGGGAAGAUGCUGCUAAAAUUAGAAAGUCAAUGAAGGACAGAGGAGUGAAGAAAGAUCAAGGUUUUAGUUGGCUACAUGUCCAAAACAAAGUCCAUGUCUUUGGAGUUGAAGAUGGACUUCACCCUCAGAAAAAUGAAAUCUAUAAGAUGAUGGCAAAGAUCUGGGAGGAGAUUAAAAAGAUGGGUUUUGUUCCAGAUACUGAAUCUGUUUUGCAUGACCUUGAAGAAGAAGUGAAGGAACGGAUGCUUAGACAUCACAGUGAGAAACUUGCCAUUGCAUUUGGGCUUAUAAGUACUCCAGAUAACACUACACUGAGGAUAAUGAAGAACCUCAGAGUCUGUAAUGACUGUCACUCUGCCAUUAAAUUUAUCUCCAAGCUGGUGGGCAGAGAAAUAAUUGUGAGAGAUGCCACUCGUUUCCACCAUUUCAAGGAUGGUUUAUGCUCCUGUAGAGACUAUUGGUAGGAAAAGGGUGGUUUGAAGAAAAAUUUCUCCAAUCGUUUCAGUUUGAAAGUUUAUGCAUUCAGUUUUCGUGCAGAAGGGCUUAUCUGUGAAUGAACAUGCUGCUGCUUUGGCUGAUUCAUUAGCUCCUUACUGGGUUAUAGAUGUAAUGACCUCUCCACCGCAUCUCUUUAUGUGGCAUUGGGGAAGGUUAUGGAGACAAUCAUUUUUGGCUCUAAUGUCGCUAGCAAUUAUGGCACUUCAGGAAAAGUUGCUGGAUUUAUAUCUGAAACCAUUAAGGUGAGAAUUGAAUUGUAUAUCAUGAUAUGAAAAUUCACCCCUUUUCUCUCCCAUGAAACUGAACCUAAGAAUUUCGGAACAUUUUGUGUGAUUGCAAUAAUUGGGUCAAUGCUAGGGAGCUGUAGGAGCAGUUGAGUUGGCACCUAGAUAUCUGAAAGUGGUUUAUGACAUUGUAGAGAAGACUGGUGGUGUCUGCAUUGCUGUUGAAGUGCAAACUGGAUUUGUUCUUGCAGAGCUCGUUAUCGGGGUUUUGAUGAAUCAUUGAUGACACAAGAUUUUAUUCCUGAGAUAUUUACCAUGGAAAAGGUUCUAUAUCAGCAGUUCUUGUUGUGUUUUCCUGCCCUGCAAACACUGAAACAUCCAAUUAUAUCUUUAGUCACUAAGGUGGACGAUUAGUUUGAUCAGUCAUUCCAUUACUUAUUACAUAUAGCUUUCACCAGGGCAUUGGUAACAAUUUACCUUUAAAAACAGCUGUGACAACUCCACAACAGCAAGUGUAAAGGCCUUGAAAAUUCAGUGUAUCACUUUUGGUGGGAUCAUGUCUGGUCACCAGUGGACAGCCAAUGUUUAGAGUUUUUAAUAAAGAGAAGUGCCAAGCACUCCAGUGAUGUUGGCUCCCACUUGAUUAGACGUUUUAGAGCUCUACAGCAAAGACAUAAUAUCAUUGGAGAAAUGAGAGAUAGGAAGCUUGAUGGUUGGGAGUAGAACUUGUAACAGAAAGGGAGGAAAAACAUACUAAACAUUUAUUUUCGUGAUUGAAGAGCUUGGCAUUCUUAUUGGAGUUGGGGGAUGGCAUGGAGAUGUUUCCAAAAUAAAGCCACCAAUGUGUUUCACAAAAGUUGAUGCAGAUUUUCUUGCCAGUGCUUUCUCACAAAGUUGUGAGACAAAUGUAGAAAGUAUUUAUUCAUCUUAUUAUGCAUUUGAGAUGUAAGAGGAAGGAGCUUAAUGAUAGGAAUGGAGUUAACAAAAGGUUUCAAUAAUAAAACACGAGCCACAGAACUGGCUGCAGCGGUGUUUGAGAGGCUCAGAGAUGUUAGUGUCCUAGUUGGAAGAGGGGGACUACAUGGAAAUGUUAUCAGAAUAAACCACCAAUGUGUAUCACAAAAGACGAUGCAGAUUUUCUUUUUGAUGUUAUUGGCCAUACCAUCGCAACUGCAAAGAACCGCUAGGGGAGGCCCGGUACAUAAAUAUCCGGUGAGAUGGACUAUCCACAUCUGAACUAUUGAUAGCAAAAGUUGCUUUGAGAUGCACACAACACUCUAGACCCUGCAAAUGUUUCUACCACCGAGUAUUUUCUGCACCAUACCUAGCCUUAAUCCCUCCAAGAUGUGUCAUGUGAGAAGUAUGGUAUUUAUCUUACUAUGGCAGUUAUCCAAUCUUUGGGUAGCACUCUUGAAGAAACUUUUUGUUUGGGAAUGAAAUCUAUCCUGUCUCAAGAUUUGUGAGCCUAUCUUUAAUCAGCUACGCAAUUCCUUGGUUCACAUUCAGUAGAGAUGGGCAAUUUAUUUGAGAGAAAUUAUGUAGUUGUUGGCCU